UUUGUUGUCAUCUCAAAACAAUUUUUUUCAAUGUUCUUUGUUUCAUUUUCAUCAUGGCUUUUACUGUGAAAUGUGCUGCUGAUAUAAUUCGAAGAGAUAUUUCAAGUGGGUGCAGACAACGCUGCCAUGCAUUUCAAAGUUCAUUAAAUUAUUCAUCAUGGAAGACGCCUCUAUCAGAACCAUUGCCUUCUAUGCCAAAACCAAUUUAUGCCUCUAGUAAAAAUCAGAAUCAAGAAACUAAAGUUACUACUUUAUCUAAUGGACUGAGAGUAGCAUCUCAAAAUAAGUUUGGACAAUCAUGCACUGUUGGAGUUGUUAUUGAUUCUGGAUCAAGAUAUGAAGUGUCUUAUCCAAGUGGAAUUUCACAUUUUUUGGAAAAAUUAGCCUUUAAUUCAACUGUUAAAUUUACAGACAAAAAUGCUAUUCUUCAGGAGUUAGAAAAGCAUGGAGGUAUUUGCGACUGCCAAGGUAGCAGGGAUACUUUAAUAUAUGCAGCUUCAGCAAAUUCUAAAAGUUUAGAUCCUGUUAUUAGUCUUCUCUCGGAAGCUGUUUUGAGACCACGGCUGUCUGAAGAUGAAAUAAAUAAAGCUCGUCAGACAAUACAGUUCGAAUUAGAAGACAUUGAAAUGAGACAAGAGCAAGAUCAACUGAUGAUGGAAUUAAUUCAUAAAGCAGCCUAUAAUAAUAACACUUUGGGUCUUCCGAGAUUUUGCCCACCUGAGAAUGUCUUUAAAAUUGAUCAGAAAAUUUUAUAUACAUAUUUGAAGAAUCAUUUUACUCCUUCAAGAAUGGUUGUUGCUGGUGUUGGUAUUGAACAUGAUGCAUUAAUUGAAACUUGCCAAAAGCAUUUUGUUGAAAGAUCUCCUAUUUGGGAAAUGGAAAAAUUGACUUUAGAUCAGGAAAUUCCUGUUGAUAAUUCACUGUCACAGUAUACAGGAGGCUUAGUUAAGGUGGAAAAAGACAUGUCCAGCAUCAGUUUUGGACCAUCACCCAUGCCUGAAUUAGCUCAUUUUACAUUAGCACUUGAAAGUUGUUCUCAUCAAGAUCCUGAUUUUAUUGCAUUCUGUGUUUUAAACACAAUGAUGGGUGGAGGUGGAUCUUUCUCUGCUGGAGGUCCUGGCAAAGGAAUGUAUACACGACUGUAUACAAAUGUUUUAAACAGAUAUCAUUGGAUGUACAGUGCAACUGCUUUUAAUCAUUCUUAUUCAGAUAGUGGUAUCUUCUGCAUUCUUGCUAGUGCUCAUCCAUCUCAGCUUAGAGAGUUGGUGGACAUUAUUGUCAGUGAAUUCAAGAAUUUGACUAGCCAAAUUUCACAUCUUGAGCUGGAACGUGCAAAAACACAACUUCAAUCUGUUUUGUUGAUGAAUCUUGAAUCAAGGCCAGUAAUUUUUGAAGACAUUGGGAGACAAGUUCUUGCUACUGGAAAUAGAAAAGAGCCAGAAUAUUUUAUUCAAGAAAUAGCUAAAAUAACUUCAGAUGAUAUUCACAACAUAUCAACAAAAAUGUUAAAAUCCAAGGCUUCUGUAGCUGCACUUGGGGAUUUAAAACAACUUCCUUCUUUGAAAGAAAUAAAUGCUAAUUUAGUGAGCAAAGAAAAAUUAAGAGCCAAACGAUUUUCUCUGUUUUCUUAGUAUUUGUACAUGCUGGUCAUCCUUUUGUAAAAUAAUUGUUGCCAUUUGCUUUACUUUCAUAUUUAUACUUGUACAUGCUGUAGACUAUACUUUAUGGUCAUUACAGAAAUUAGAUCCUAAAGAAAAGUAAAUAUUGUUCACUAUUUUACAGUAAAACAUAAUAAAAUUGUUACAAAGUUUUGCAUUUA